ACCAAGUAGCUGUAUCGCUCAAAGUCAUAACUAACACUGCAAAAUUUUGAUUACUUUCGGAGCUGUUGUGGGAGCUGUCGUGGCUGGGAUGCAGCGCUACCUUUAUGCGGACCACAUACUCGAGGCCUUCAAUGCCUUCCACCGACCGAUGGUGCUCGAGGAGGUGAUCGCCUACGUGGCCGAGAUAGAGGUCAAGUCGGUGGCGGAGGUUCGCCUGGACGUGGACAACACUCUGACGGCGGCCUGGUUGCAUGGCUUCGUCAAGCAGAAGGAUAACUGGUACACUCUGGACUGCGGCUACUGGGACGAGGAGUCAACUGCUGCGACCAGACGGGAACCACGGGAUAAACUUUGCAGGCGCCACACCUAAUAUUUAUAAUAUAUAUAACAUUGCCGUCCAUUGCUAGCCAUGGCCUGCAUCCAGGCAACUGAUGAAUAAACAGCUCUACGAUUGGUUUAUU